AUGAGGCUUUUUGCUGUCAACGCAUUUCCGUCGCAAUACGAUGAUGUCUAUCCCUCGCCAAAUAGCCUGCCGAAGAAUUUCCAAAAGGAAAAUAAACCCGUUAUUCCACAGAAGAAGCACUUAAAUCGUGUCGCCAACCACGGAACGCUUACCUUGCUCUUCAUCUCACUACAAAACUGA